GGUCAGGCAACUACACACAAUUUCACUGGAAUUGAGGGAUGUGCUACUUCUUCUAAAGUGCGCUUUUUAAGUAUCAGCAACAGGUUGUUUCGCUUUAGCCUACAUAUUGGGAGGAAGAAAACACUCUUUUAAACUAAAGGAAAUAAGAAAGGAAUAAGACAUGUCCAAUCUGCUCUUGUGGACGAUGUGGCGACUGGUUAUGCUGUCCACUGUCCUGCAGGUGCGCUCCGGCUGGACUUUUUCGUGCCCCGUCAUUUGCCAAUGCACCGAACAGUCUUUCCGCUGCACAAGGGAAACUCAGCUGAACUCCUCUGCCAAAUCCUCACUAAUUAACAACAUAAGAUUAACUCAUCUGCCGUUACAAGAAGUCCCAAGUAAUACUUUCAGAGAUCUUCAUAACGUAGACAGAAUUGAAAUUUCCCAGAGUGACUCCAUCAGGAUAUUCAGAGCCAGGGCGUUUCACUCUCUGCACAGCUUGCAAGAAGUCCUGAUACACAACAUGAAAAACCUGGAGUUCAUAAAGAAAGGAGCCUUCUCUGACCUUCCCAAACUCAAAUACCUGAGCAUUUGUAACACUGGACUGCGGGAGUUCCCUGAUCUCUCAACAAUUUCCUCCCUGGAACCCUUAUUUUUUCUAGAAGUGGGAGACAAUAUUAAGAUCGACACCAUCCCCCCCAACGCUUUCCUGGGCAUGACGGUGGAAGAGACAUAUAUGAACCUGGUCGGAAACGGAUUUAAAGAAGUACAGCGCCACGCAUUCAACGGGACAAAAAUGUCUAAACUGGUUCUGAAAGGCAACAGGAACCUACGUAAAAUCCAUGAUGAAGCCUUUGAAGGGGCGACAGGGCCGAGUCUGCUCGAUGUGUCUUCUACGGCUCUCCGCUCCCUCCCAGCCCUCGGCUUGCAGCAGGUGACAGUGCUGACCGCUCGCUCUGCCCAGGGGCUGAAGACCCUCCCCCCUCUGGAGAACCUGGUCAACCUGCAGGAGGCCCACCUCACCUACCCCAGUCACUGCUGUGCCUUUCACACCUGGAGGCGGAAACACAGGGAGAACGCGUUCCUGGGGUCCUUUGGGAACCUCUCCAGGCUAUGCAACAGCGGUCCACCACAGGGGAUUGGGUACCCCUCUGCAAGCGACAUGUCGUACCCAGAGUACAGCCUCGACGACUUCGAUUUCCAGUACCUCAACCUGGAGCUGUGCCUGAGCGACGCCCCCAUCAAGUGCACCCCGGAACCCGACGCGUUCAACCCCUGCGAGGACCUCCUGGGGUACGCCUACCUGCGGACGGCCACCUGGGUGAUCGCCGUCUCCUCCGUGCUGGGAAACCUGGCGGUCCUGGCGGUGCUGCUGACCAGCCGCCACAAGCUGACCGUCUCCCGCUUCCUCAUGUGCAACCUGGCCUUCGCCGACCUCUGCAUGGGCGUGUACCUGCUCCUCAUCGCCGUGGUGGACCACCGCUCCCGCCGCCAGUACUACAACCACGCCACCGACUGGCAGACAGGGGGCGGGUGCGGGGCGGCGGGCUUCCUGACGGUGUUCGCCAGCGAGCUGUCCGUCUACACCCUGACCGUCAUCACCCUGGAGCGCUGGCACACCAUCACCCACGCCCUGCGGCGGGACAGGAAGCUGCGCCUGCGCCACGUGGCGGCCAUGAUGGCGGCGGGGUGGGGCUUCUCGCUGCUGGCCGCCCUGCUGCCCGUGCUGGGGGUGAGCAGCUACGCCAAGGUGAGCAUCUGCCUGCCCAUGGACAUCGAGACGCCGGCGUCCCAGGCCUACGUGAUGGCGGUGCUGCUGCUCAACGCCGCCGCCUUCCUGGUGGUCUGCGUCUGCUACGGCCGCAUCUACGCCAGCGUGCGCAACCCCCGCCUGGCCACGCGCCGCAGCGACACCAAGAUGGCCAAGCGCAUGGCGGUGCUCAUAUUCACCGACUUCCUGUGCAUGGCGCCCAUCUCCUUCUUCGCCAUCUCCGCCGCCCUGCGGAUGCCCCUCAUCACCGUGUCCCACUCCAAGAUCCUCCUCAUCCUCUUCUACCCCAUCAACUCCCUGUGCAACCCCUUCCUGUACACCAUCUUCACCCGGGCCUUCCGGCUGGAAGUGCGCCUCCUGCUGAGCCGCUGCGGCUGCUGCAGCGACCGCGCCUGGCUCCACCGCCUGCUCGGCCUGGCGGCCCGCAAGCCGCGCAACAGCGCCUCCUCCAGGAAGCCCAGCUCGCUCAGGUUUUACGCCUACCACAUCAAGAUGCAGGGCUGCAUUCUCAACAGAGGUCCUAAAUAACUGAAUUUUUUAUUUUAUUUUUUUUUCCAGAUUGUGGAA